UUAUUGUAUUUUUACAUGGAAUUGGCAGGACCAAGGAAUCCUCAAAUGCCCCAUCCUGGUGCCCCUCAAUUCCAACAUAAUGUUGCAGCUCAUCAGGGUUUGUAUCAAGGUGGAGAUCCUUAUUAUAACCCCGGCUGGCCCGGUCCAACUUCAAGUCCAAUGGGAAUUAGGAGCCCAUACCUUAUGCAUCAAGGUAGUCCAAACUUCGGUGCUGCACCUGGCAGGGGUCACUGGUUUAAUAAUAAUCCUAGUCCUGGUCCUCCUGGUACAUGUGGUGGUAGCCCUUAUCCUCCGUAUCAAGGUAGCCCUAACUUCAGAUCUCCUCCACAAGGAAGAGGUCACUGGUCCAGCAAUAGUCCCAGGCCUACCAGCCCGGGUCCUGGACGUGGAGGCGGUCCUAGCCCUAAUGUAGGAAGAGGGAGGGGUUGGUGGGAUGGCAGUAGGAUGAGCCCUAGUCCAGGAUAUUCUGGUGGAAGAGGAAGGGGAAGAAGCUAUUAUUAUGGUCAAGCACGGUCUUUCUACAACAAGUCCAUGGUGGAGGACCCUUGGGCAUCCUUAACACCUGUUAUUUGGCAAGGGGAGAAAGAGAAUGAUGUUAAAAGUUUCACAAACAACCGAGGGUAUUUUCAGAAAACUCCUACAUUUCAAAAACCUCCUAGUGCAAAAAAACCUCGGGUUUCAAAUCCUUUUGACGCAUCCAACUCGAAGAAGAGUGGGAGCCUUGCCGACUACUUAGCUGAAUCUUUUAAUGAAGAUGUUGAAGAAGAAUCAGCCAGUAUAUUAUAAUGCUGCUUUUUCAAUUACAGGGGGAUGUGGUAGCUUUGGUAGGCCUAACUUCAGAUCUCCUCCGCAAGGAAGGGGGUCACUGGUCCAACAUUAGUCCCAGCCUCCCAGGCCUCCUGCCGCUGGACCAGGACUUGGAGGUGGUCCUAGCCCUAGCGUAGGAAGAGGGAGGGGUUGGUGGGAUGGCAGCAGGAUGAGCCCUAGUCCAGGAUAUUCUGGUGGAAGAGAAAGGGGAAGAAACUGUGAUUAUAGUUGAGCACGGUCUUUCUACAACAAGUCCAUGGCGGAGGAUCCUUGGGAAGACUUAACGCCUGUUAUUUUGCAAGGACAGAAUGGGAAUGAUGUUAAAAAGUUUUGCAAAUAACCGAGGGUAUCUUCAGAAAACUCCUACAUUUCUAAAACUCCAAGUGCAAAAGCUCAGGUUUCAGAUACUCUUGACGCAUCCAACUCAGAUAGCUGAAUCUUUUAAUGAACUGUUGACGAAGCAGCCAAAAAAAUAAAUAAAAAUAAAAUAAAAUUACAGGGGUCUCUUUGGAGGUUGAGUUUGGCUCCUCCUACUGGAUAGGAUUUGAUAAAUACUGUAGUUUUCAGUAGCUUAUGGAAUUUUUUUUUAAUAACAAUUAGCAUUAGCAAUGUACGAAAAUCUAAUGUAUUAACCAUUCAAAGUUUUUGGAAGAAUACUGGCAAUGGUAAUUCUCAAUCGGGAUUUGUUAAA